GCAAUGCAUGCAAACUAGUUGAAGAAAAUUACACCUCUUAAUUUAUCGCGAGCUAUUGUGAAAGACGAAACGUUGUUCUUGAGUAAUUUCUGCACGCUCCAAUCCUUCCUGUUAAAUAUCGAAAAGAGCGCGUUCAACGAAUUUUUCUUGCUUACUUUACUGGUAUUUGGCGAUUCGUCAUCAACUCGCACAAAAGCGAGUUCAAAAUUUCUGAAACUCGCUGCUUGAUAGGACGACUGACACGUAGGAAGGGGAGUCCGACCACAUCUAAAGAAUUUAUACUUGUAAACUCCAAUGGCACCCUUGAAGUCUCGCCUGUGCAUAUUACCUGCAUUACUUGCUUUUGCCAUAUGGACGGCUGAAAUGGGAUCAGUCUCAGGAAGCUACAUGAAAUAUUACGUAGACUUGGUGUUUUAUGAAGAUGGAGCGCAGCGGCAUCCAUUACCAGAAUAUCGAACAAAAGAGGAGUACUACAGAGAAGUGACGACGGCGGUAUCGAGGCGUCUCGCACUGUUGGGAGUAGGACCAUUCAAGAUCAUCCUUAAGGGUCUUCAUACGCUUACGCCAGCUGAAAGCAGCGCAGUUUUCUUAAGAAACGGAAGACCUGUGUCCAUUGACGGCAUUUAUAGAAAUUUGAUAUCGCUCUUAAAGAUGAAUUCUAAAGGACAUACACACCACAAGGACCUGAUCGUCGUCGUCACUGGGCGACAACUGGUGACGAAAUACGGUGUUCCUAACAAUGGUUUCGCUUUGCGUGGAAGCAUGUGCACGGGACAGAGCAUUGCAGUUGUGAAGGAUGACGGCGUGUUCGACAUUGUGAAUCACCUUGUCAAAGUGAUGUUACAUGCAUUUGGCGUGUACUUUGAUGGUGACGGUUUAGCUCGGAAGUGCCUCAACUCUGACGGCUUUCUUAUGGGGAAAGGAAAGCUCAAUCUUCCAUUUGCUUUCUCACAUUGUACGAAAGCUCAAAUAGCAGCAGUUCUCAGUCGUCUGCCGUGUAUCAAGAGACAAAUGAAAAAUAAGACAUCAAAAAGUCUUCCGAUACCUCGAAAAAUGGGACGUAUGGAUUAUUGUGAAGCCAUUGGCGCCGUUAACUGCGAUGUUAAAUAA